GCCCUCCAUUUCUUCAACUGUCGCUUCACUUGCUUCUAUUCAUUUUCACACUCUGCGACUCUAUACUUUCUCUCGCCCUUCCAGAAUGCCCCCGCAGACCAGAAGAACUUCCUUCCCCAAAGUGGUGAUCGAGCGCGACACGGACUCCGAGGAAAGCUCGUCGGAAGAAGAAGAUGUCGAAGACGCCUUGGUAGCGGAAUCAGAAUCAGAAGAAGAAGAAGAAGUGGAGGAAGUUAAAGUAGAAGGCGUUGAAGAGAAAGGAGAAGACGUCUCGUCGUUGAAGAAGAAAGGGAAACAGCCGAUCACUAUUAGUCUUAAGAAAGUCUGUAAGGUGUGUAAGAGAACUGGCCAUGAAGCAGGGUUCAAGGGAGCAACCUACAUUGACUGCCCAAUGAAGCCAUGUUUUCUCUGCAAAAUGCCUGUUCAUCAAAGUCAUUUGAUUCGGAGAAAAUAUUCUCUUUUGAAAUUCUGGUUGAAGGGCAUACAACAAUGUUUUGUCCACAUCGAGUGGCAACGGAAUUCGGUGUCGUGCCAGCACCACGUAAAAACACGCAAAAUCCUUUGGAAUAUUUUUUCCAGCGCCAGCUUCAACCCCGCAUUCAUCCUAUCAAGCCAGCAUUUGUGAUCCCAGAUCAAGUGCAUUGUGCUGUUGUUAGAUAUCACAGUAGACGAGUUACAUGCUUGGAGUUCCACCCUACUAACAGCAAUAUUCUUUUAUCUGGUGAUAAGAAAGGACAACUUGGAGUAUGGGAUUUUGUGAAAGUACAUGAGAAGACAGUUUAUGGAAAUAUACAUGGUUGCAUACUUAAUAAUAUGAAGUUCAGUCCGACAAAUGAUGGAUCAAUAUAUGGUGCAUCUUCAGAUGGAACAGUUAGUUGCACUGAUCUAGAGACUGGAAUUUCAUUGUCAUUGAUGAACCUUAAUCCUAAUGGGUGGCAGGGACCAAGCACUUGGAGGAUGCUUUAUGGGUUGGAUGUAAAUCCAGAAAGAAGUGUUGUUCUCAUUGCAGAUAAUUUCGGAUACCUCUAUAUGAUUGACAUGCGAAGCAAUGAAGUAAUUGGUGAACCACUUUUGAUUCACAAGAAGGGUAGUAAAGUUGUUGGUCUGCACUGCAAUCCUUUUCAACCAGAUAUACUGUUGAGUUGUGGAAAUGAUCACUUUGCACGUAUUUGGGAUAUGCGUCAGUUGAAAGCUGGAUCUUCUCUUUGCAACCUUCCACACAAGCGUGUUGUUAACUCCGCAUAUUUUUCCCCACAAAGUGGGAGCAAAAUACUUACUACUUCACAGGAUAAUCGAAUCCGUGUGUGGGAUUCAAUAUUUGGGAACCUUGAUACUCCAAGCAGGGAAAUUGUUCACAGUCAUGAUUUCAAUCGACAUCUUACUGCUUUCCGAGCAGAGUGGGACCCAAAAGAUCCUUCAGAGUCCCUUGUUGUCGUUGGCCGUUACAUAAGUGAAAACUAUAAUGGAACUGCCUUGCAUCCUAUUGAUUUUAUAGAUAUCACCACAGGCCAGUUAGUUGCUGAAGUGAUGGAUCCUAACAUAACAACUAUCAGUCCUGUGAAUAAGUUGCAUCCACGUGACGAUAUUCUAGCAUCGGGUAGUUCAAGGUCUCUUUUCAUUUGGAGGCCUGCGGGGGAAUCUGAGCCUGGACAGCAAAGAGCGGAGGAGAAAAUUGUAGUUUGUGGAAAAGCUGCUGAUGCAAAGCGGAAGAAAUUUGGUGCUGACAGUGACGAUGAAUCUGAUGGCGACAUGUUCCCCAGCAAUGGUAAGAACAUUAAGAACAAGAAAGUUGCUUUAAAAUCUACUAAAUACAGUAUCAAGAAGAAGCGUUGAUCUUCAGCACCAAUGAAUGAAUGAUCUCCCAAAAUGCAAACUACAUUUAACUUGUGCAGUUAUCUGUAUAGUUUUCUUAUCCUCCUGGAUAUUUUCCUUUUGGUACUGUGGGUCACCUUGAUCAUCUUUUGCUUAGCUGUAGACUUUUGUAGUAUGCAAGCUGACCCAUACUGAUCAGUGAUGGCUAAUUUAAUAUUAAUACUGAUUUUGGAUUAA